AUGUCCAGCGUCUACCACCAACUAGAUACCUGGUUAGAGACUAUAAAUGAUCCAACCAUCCUUGUUUUCACAACCACGAUCACGGAAGAGCUUGUUACAUUUCUCUCCGAUGAGUACAACUUUGAAGUGACAUUACGAUUGGUGGACGACUUGCCGCUCCAGUUGAAGAUCCAAGCGGUUAAGGAUCGGUUCCAGCGGAUAAAACUGUUGAUCGGCGAGCUCUUCCAGCGGCUAAUUCUCAAUUUUCACCUUGGAAACUCCACCGAUCCAUGGAGACGCGUUCAGUUUCAGUACAAUAAGUAUGGGAAGCCGCUCCUUCCAGACGCAAAGUUCCAGUUCAAUUCAAGUAGUUCCAAUAGCAUCAUCAGUAUUGUCGUCGAACACUCGACUACUAAUUCUCCAGUCGGAGUAGAUUUGUCACAUUCCAAACAAAGGAUUUCGCCGUCACUGUUCUUGGAAGAUUUCGAGCCCAUAUUUGCGCCAAGCGAGUUGGAAUACCUAAGAGCCUACGAUAACGAUUCUCAAAGAUACUUCGUAUUUAACCAUUUGUGGACAUUGAAGGAAGCAUACACGAAAUUACUUGGCAGUGGUCUAAACAUCGAACUCUCGGACUUCUUCUUCAAGUUCGGUGAUACUUCUUUCAAUGUGGAAAACUACUACAAAAGAAUCCAAUUGAAAGAGGAAAAUGGCAUUUCAGAGUACAAUGUAGAGUGGUACACCAAAGUGCAAGUUGAUAAUGAAGGGCUUAUAGCGAAAAAGGAUAGGUUCGUUCACAGUCUAGAAAGAAACAGUGAAAGCUAUUGUCACAGCGCCAUACUUGAUAGAGGCGAUGCUGACCUUCUCCCAGUUAUAAUAACAAUAAUAAACCAGAAUAGAUCGAGCAAGUUACGGAGCUUCGAGGUGAGCUUUCUUGAUAUACUCAAACAAAUUCAAUAG